GAUAACGAGAUAGACAAGUUUAACACUAUUUAAAAUAAUAAUGGCGCUUGACGAAAUUAAAGAGAAGUUUGUGGGUGUUUGGAAAUUAGACAGAAGUGAAAAUUUUCAGGAAUUUCUUAACGAAGUGGGUGUGGGUUUACCCCUCAGGAAGAUGGCAUCUCUAGCGAAACCGGAAAUGACUAUAAGCAUAGAAAGUAACAAUAAAAUCAAAAUAGUAAUGAAAACAGGAUUUUUCACCCAGGAAGACUGCUUUAAUCUUAACGAGGAGUUCCUAAAAGAAAUGCAAAAAACAGUCAUGAAGGCAACUGCAACGUACGAGGACGGUGUUUUAAAAAUGAUAAAUACCCCUGUAGAUCCGACAUCUAAGAUUAAGGAACAGAUUGUUCACAAGGAAAGAGUUGGCGAUGAAAUUGUUUUGACAAUGUACGUCGGAAAUGUGGUGUGCAAAAGAUACAUGAAGAAGAUAGGUUGACAUUUAAAAUUUAUAAAACUUCUGAUAAUAUACAUGUUCUUGCAUGAAUGAUAGCCCUUAUUAUAUUUCUAGAUUGUUCAGAGAUGAAAAAUACUGUAUAUUAGAAAAACAAUUGUACCAACCUGCUUUAAUCAAGUUUAUGAUAUCAUUUUGCUUUAAAUUUG